AUGACCAUCCACGCCGAGGGUCUCGUGGCUAUCGUGGUCUUCUAUGUCCUGAUCCUGUUCGUGGGAAUUUGGGCCGCAUGGAAGAAUAAGAACUCUGGAGUUGGCGAUGGCGGAGAACGGAGCGAGAGUAUCAUGGUCGGGGGAAGGGACAUCGGAUUGUUUGUUGGUGGAUUUACAAUGACCGCCACUUGGGUGGGUGGGGGCUACAUCAAUGGGACAGCAGAAUAUGUCUACCUGCCAGACUACGGCCUGGCUUGGGCACAGGCUCCCUUUGGUUAUGCUCUCAGCCUGGUAGUAGGUGGCCUUUUCUUUGCCAAACCCAUGCGAUCACGUGGAUACGUCACCAUGCUGGAUCCCUUCCAGCAGCUGUAUGGAAAAAGGAUGGGGGGCCUGCUCUUCAUCCCUGCACUCAUGGGAGAAAUCUUUUGGUCAGCAGCCAUUUUAUCGGCCCUGGGUGCCACUUUGAGUGUGAUCGUGGACAUAAACAUCAAUAUGUCUGUGGUGAUCUCAGCUCUGAUAGCAAUCUUCUACACACUUGUUGGAGGACUCUACUCUGUCGCAUACACAGAUGUGGUCCAGCUUUUCUGUAUCUUCUUGGGCUUGUGGAUCAGCGUGCCUUUUGCCCUGUCCAAUCCUGCCGUCUCGGACAUCAGCGUUUCAGCCAAGGAAGCAAUCUACCAGUCACCCUGGCUGGGGAAGAUUGAUCCUGACGACAAAUGGCUCUGGGCUGACAACUUCUGUUUGCUGAUGUUGGGGGGGAUUCCCUGGCAGGUCUAUUUUCAACGGGUUCUUUCUGCCUCUUCAGCUACCUAUGCCCAGGUCCUUUCCUUCCUCGCCGCCUUCGGCUGCUUGGUCAUGGCCGUCCCCUCGGUCCUCAUAGGAGCUAUAGGGGCCUCCACUGACUGGAACCAAACCACUUAUGGGUCCCUCCCUCCAAAGGAUAAGGAAGAAUCAGACAUGAUCCUUCCCAUAGUGCUUCAGCACCUCUGCCCACCCUACAUCUCCUUCUUUGGUCUGGGGGCAGUGUCGGCUGCCGUCAUGUCAUCAGCUGACUCAUCUAUUCUCUCAGCCAGCUCCAUGUUUGCCAGGAACAUCUAUCAGCUCGCCUUUCGGCAGUCGGCCUCAGAUCGCGAGAUUGUUUGGGUGAUGCGCUUCACCAUCUUUGUAUUCGGCGCUCUUGCCACUGCUAUGGCUUUGUUAACAGGAUCAGUAUAUGGCUUGUGGUACCUGAGCUCCGAUCUGGUCUAUGUCAUCAUCUUUCCCCAACUUCUCAGUGUGUUAUUCAUCAAGGGCACCAAUACCUAUGGUUCUGUGGCUGGCUAUAUCUUUGGUCUUUUGCUGCGCAUUGGUGGAGGAGAGCCCUACCUCAAACUCCCUCCCUUUAUCUACUACCCUGGCUGGGUGACCCAGGAGAGGAUACACCACCUCACUGGUAAAGCAGAGUAUUUUGUCCAGCAGAGGUUCCCAUUCAAGUCUGUGUCCAUGGUGGCAUCCUUCUUAGCAAAUGUGGCCUUUUCUUACCUGACAAAAUACCUAUUUGAAAGUGGUAUGCUGUCACACAAGUACGACUUCUUGGAUGCCGUGGUGUCCAAGCACAGCAAGGAGAUUAUGGACAAGGCUACGCUGGUGAGCAACCACGACAACAUCAUUCUUUCAGAGAUGGCACCUGUCACACAGGGCCUUGGUGCAUCACUGGCUGGAACAUUCACCAACACUGAGAUCCUCAGUGAUGAUGGGGCAUCCAGUCCAGAGGCUUUUCACAAUGAAAACUAA